GCUUUUUUGAAAUCCAGGGUCAGCUUAGCCAUGUUGUGAUUUUUCUUUCUUUCUUUGUUUUGAUUCAGAAAGCCGCACCCUUCUCUGCGGCUUUCUUCUUUUUGGGUCUGUUCUAAAAGCAGGAAACCUGCCCUGAUCUCAGCCUAGAUUAGAUCGAGAUCGUGUCUUUCCUUGUUUUCUUUAUUUGUCUUGGCCCAUUCCUUUCUCAUUCAAUCUUUCGUUCGCUUGCCUAGCUGGUUCUAGACACCGCACCUGUCACAAGGCUCUGACGUACCCAGCUCGCAGCACCCUAGGCAGCCACUUCAGCCAAGCGUGCUAGCCUUGCAGCCCAGCCCGGGACACACUACCGCCGAAUCCCUUUAUUGCCGCACCUGAUUUUCCACAUCGGGCAGCGCUCUACUUCGUCGUGGCUGACAUUGGUAUCGUUGGCGUGUAGCAGCCAACUGUCGCCCAGCAUGACGUCUCCAGGCGCUGAAGGUCCCUCCUCAUACAAGCGGCCGCAUUUUCUCUUGAUGCAGGAUGACCCCCCAUACCCGCUAUCCCCCAGAGGUCCGGGGGCGCUGGCCUCCAUGAUCAAGAACCGCUCAGCAACGUCGCUGUUGCAUUGGCGGGAUGACGAUGAGGCUGCCUUUGACCGCGCCUCGGACGAUGAUGUCGAGGACCAGCGGGCCCGCGCCGAGGACCGUCGCAUGAAUGCACUCCUCAACACCCCGCACAUGCGCUCCAUGCGCCUCAUCGGCAGGAACAACCCCCGAUACCAAUGGGAAUCGUACUGGAAGACCGGCGCCGACCUCAAGACCAUGAAGAAACCCAUCCGCGAAUACUACGAGAGGACCAACUAUCUCAUCCAGCAAUAUCUCUACAUUGACCGGCUCCUGGACUCGUCUCUACCCCACGACCUGCUGAACGAGUACAACAACAUGCCCGCCUCGGCCUUCCGCGGCGUCGAGAUCCCCGAAACCAUUUCCGAGGAGUCGUCAACUCCCCCGACCACAGGGUCGACCAGCACGCAGCUGGCCUCCAUGUCGGCCGACUCGGCCGCCGCCUCGAUCGCAUCGGCUGCCAAGAAGGUGAAGCGGACGCCCCAGGAUAUCUAUCGCCACACAGGGACGGUACCGCUACCGCUCUUGGACGACCGUGAGCCGGAUGAGGAGCAGCCGCUUCUUCCAAAGCACGAUAUCCCCUUUAUCGAGGAUGACAAUGUGGACAGUUCAGCCCCCAUAGUCACCCUGGCUAUCUACGUCAACUUCGCCGCCAACGCCUUCCUCCUGGCCGGCAAGAUCGCAGUCAUCAUCUCUGUGCCCUCUGUCUCAGUUCUCGCCAGUUUAGUCGACGCCGUCCUCGACUUUUUGUCCACUGUCAUUGUCUGGCUCACUACCUGGCUCAUCAGCCACCAGGACCAGUACUCGUACCCCGUUGGCCGCCGGAGGCUCGAGCCACUUGGCGUCCUUGUUUUCUCCGUCAUCAUGAUUACCUCUUUCUGUCAGGUCUCCAUGGAAGCCAUCCAGCACCUCGCCUCUCCGGACCACGAAGUUAUUGAAUUAGGAAUCCCGGCAAUCUCCAUCAUGCUCAGUACUGUCGUUAUCAAGGGCCUGUGCUGGUUCUGGUGCAGGCUCGUCAAGAACUCGAGUGUCCAGGCGUUGGCCGCCGACGCAAGCACAGACGUGAUCUUCAAUGCUGGCUCCAUUGCCUUCCCCAUUAUUGGUUCCUUCGCUGGGAUCUGGUGGAUGGAUGCGCUCGGCGGCCUGUUGCUGUCUUUGGUCGUGGUUGUGAACUGGUCCCAGACCUCUGUCGAGCACAUCAAGAACCUCUGUGGCUUCUCUGCGUCAGCAGACCAGAGGAACAUCUUGCUUUACUUGACCAUGAGGUUCGCCAAGACCAUCAAGCAGAUCCAAGGUCUUCAGGCUUAUCAUUCCGGCGACAAGCUCAACGUCGAGGUCGAUAUCGUGCUAGACGCCAGCACCUCCCUAAAGGACAGCCACGAUUUAGCCGAGAGUCUGCAAUACGUGCUCGAGUCGGUGCCAAUUGUAGACAGGGCCUUUGUGCACACCGACUACGCCACGUACAACCUGCCCACCCACAUGGAGCAGCAGCACAACUCUUAGGUGGCCUGCAUCCGCGUCUGUCCACCUCGGAUGCUACACCCUGCUGCAAGAAAAGAAAAGGUCGAGAUGGGGCUUGACAGACCAUGGAGGUCUGCAGCAUGCAAAUAAUGCCUGUGUGGCGAUUUCACUCGCCCUGUAGACCGGAUCAUCGGGAUUUCUUUUCUUGUGCAAUGAAGGUGCCGCCCAUUCAGAAGUCUUUUUGGUAGCUCGCUCGGCGUUCUAUUUUGUUCAUGAAACCCAUUUAUAAGUAGUGUGAAAUGU